AUGGUUGUUGUUGCUCACAGCUCUCCUGUCCCGCCACCUGCUGCUGUUGGUGUUCUUUUCACACCACAACAAGUCGAGAAACUCAGGAAAUUGAUGCCUCAACUCAUGAACGAGAAUAAAGGCUCUGAGACAGAUGAGGAGUUGGAUAACCACUUCUCUGAUGACCUUCUACUUUGUGGCACUCAUCUCACUGACCUCAAAGAUCUCCAAACCAUUCUUUCUCACACUUUCAAAAUGAAAGACUUAGGUUUCAUCAGGUACUUUCUUGGUAUAAAAGUGGAUACAUCUGAAAAUGCCUUCUUUGUUUCUCAACACAAAUGCAAUUCAUACAUUCUCAAAGAGUAUGGCAUGCUUAAUUCCAAACCUUUACAACUUCCCAUGGACAUUUACCUUAAACUAACCCAUGAUAAUGAUGAUGUUCUACCUAACCCUACUCCAUAUCAAAGACUUCUAGGCAAACUCAUUUAUCUUACCAUCACAAAGCCAGACAUUACCUUUACAAUCCAACUCCUAGCCCAAUUUAUGCAACAACCAACAAGUGUUCAUAUGCAAGCUAUCAAGAGGCUCUUUUGA